AUGACCGAUUACGAUUCAAAACGACGACGAGGCCGUGGCCGUGAGCGUCAUUAUCCAAGCGACUACCUCUAUUACAGCGAUGACGAACGCCGGUCACGGACCAGAUCCAGAGGUCGCGAUCUCAUUAAUCGAUUAGGAAAUCAACUGUUUAGUCGCUCCCGGUCUAGCAGAGGACGCAACCGAUCUGAUUCUCGCGACCGCUAUCAUCAACCAGAAAAUGAGAAGAUGAAUCUCGCAAUAAAUGCAGCAAUUGAUGCGGCGGUUGUGGAGGCAUUCCGAUUGGGAGGCAAGCCAGGCAAGUGGACUGGUUCCAAGGGAGCUAGAGUCGUCACCGCAGCAGCUAGCGCAGCAGUCAUCGACACGAUGCUUCAGAAACAUUCAAAUAAGCAUAGCAAAAGGACGAUGACUGAAGCCAUAGUUGGUGGUCUUAUCGUAAAUAGGGUUGUAAAUGGGCCGCGGAAGGAGCUGAGAUAUCGUUAA